AGCCAGGCACCCUUCAUUCACGCACAUAGGCACCACCCGGAGCUAGGCACCACUCCCAACUAACUUGUUCUCCCUCUCCGCUAUCUCGAGCAUAUUUCGCUUUCUCGCACUCUAGGUAAUCGCCUCCUACCGCCCCGCAACCCCACCAUCCCACUCUUUGGAAACGUCCGAGAUAGCGACCAAAGGUUGCGAUAGGCUUUACACCAAGCUUCCAAAACUUACACUGCAUAUCCAGCCCUACAUCGAAAAUGAGCGGUUGGGGCCUGGGAUGGUUUGGCGGAGGCCAGGCGAAGAAGGAGGCGCCCAAGAAGGCCAUCCUCCAGCUUCGCGGCCAACUGGAGAUGUUGACCAAGCGGGAGAAGCACUUGCAAAACCAAAUGGACGAGCAGGAUGCCUUGGCGCGAAAACACGUUUCCAGCAACAAGCAAGCCGCGAAAGCUGCGUUACGGCGAAAGAAGCAGUUUGAGCACUCGCUCGAACAAACGAGUGCACAAAUCAUGACGCUAGAAAAGGAAAUCCACUCCAUCGAGACGGCAAACAUCAACAAGGAGACACUAGACGCAAUGAAGAAUGCAGGCAAAGCCAUGCAGCAAAUACACGCCGGUUUGACCAUCGACAAGGUAGACACUGUCAUGGAAGACCUCCGCGAACAACAUGCCAUCGGCGAGGAAAUCAGCGAAGCCAUCACCUCAGGCGUAAUCAACAGCGGCAUCGACGAAGACGAACUCGACGAGGAGCUCGCCGAACUGCAGCAGGAGAAACUCGACGAACAGAUGCUCAAUACGGGUAAUGUACCCAUUCACGAUGCUCCUUCGAGCCAGAAGUUACCGCAAGCGCCCAAUACAAACAUCAAGGCCUCGCACCGUGUUGAGGAGGAUGAUGAGGAGGAGGAGCUGAGGAAGCUACAGGCUGAAAUGGCGAUGUAG